AUGAAGCACCUGUUGUUUGUGGGGUUUGCUUUUGCUGCGUUCCACAUCAGCCAUUCGAAUCCUCCAGAUUUCUGCCGGUUGCCGCAUGAUGAAGGCGAAGGCUCAAGCUUCACCUUUGCAUUGUAUUAUGAUCCCAUCAAAGAUCAGUGCAAUCCUUUCCUGUACAAAGGCCAAGGAGGGAACGCCAACCGCUUUGAAAAUGAGAGAGAGUGCAUAAGAAACUGUUCCAUCAAUGCAGAGGAUAUCUACCCCAUGGAUGUGUCCAAAGCUUGCCACUUUAAAAAGGCCAUAGGUGAUUGCAGUGGUCAGUUUUUGAGAUACUACUACGACUCUGUUCAUGACAAAUGCAAAAAGUUCCUCUGGUCUGGAUGCAUCGGAAACGGAAACAGAUUUUUUGACCAGGCCAGCUGCAACGUCACCUGUGAUGGCAUCCAUGAUGAUGGUGAGGAAGAUGAAGAGGAUGAACCAGACACUCCUAUUGCAAUCAUCUGUGGAGUUCUGCUUGGUGUCAUUAUUUUCGCUGUCAUAAUAACUGUGAUUGUCCUGACCGUUCAGUCAAAGAAGAAGAACCCCAAGAAGAAAGGAGCAGGAAAAAGUGAAGUCCCCCAGUCCAGCUCACCUCUUCAGGAGAGGGGGAUUGAAAUGGCGUAG